GAAACAUUUUGGAAGUUCGCCGUUUCCUCUGUCUUUUUUUUUUUUUUUUUGUUGCUUUGAAGUGAGUCGCUGUCCGACGAAGGAGGAGGAAGGCGAUUAUUGAGAUCUCGAUCUUCUCCAUGGCGGGGCGGUACGACAAGAACCCCUACAACGAUGAGGAGGAUGUCAAUCCUUUCUCGGAUCCUGGUGUUCGUAGUAAAGCUGUUAAGUCAAGUCAUGGAGGAGGGCCAUUUUACAUGACAAAUGCUGGAGGUGUUCCUCUUGCAUCAAAUUUGGGACUUUCACCUCUUCCUCCAGAGAACUUUCAUUCAACUGUUGAUAUUCCUCUUAAUACAGAAAAGGAUCUGAAGAGAAGGGAGAAGGAGCUUCAAGCCAGGGAAGCAGAAUUAGAUAAGAGGGAAAAGGAACUCAAACGGAUAGAAGAAGCUGCAGCCCGAGCGGGCAUUAUCAUUGAGGAGAAAAAUUGGCCACCCUUUUUCCCUAUCAUACACCAUGAUGUUGAAAAUGAAAUACCAGUCCACUUGCAAAGAUUGCAAUAUUUUGCAUUUGCAUCAUUGUUGGGUUUGGCUGGUUCCUUGUUUUGGAAUAUCAUAGCAGUAACAGCAGCUUGGAUUGAGGGAGAAGCUGUCAAGAUCUGGCUCCUUUCCAUCAUUUACUUCAUCUCUGGAGUUCCAGGUGCAUAUAUCAUGUGGUAUCGACCUCUUUAUCAUGCCAUGAGGACCGACAGCGCUUUGAACUAUGGAAGGUUUUUCCUGUUUUACUCGCUUCACCUUGGCUUUGUUAUAUACUCAGCUGUGGCUCCUCCAAUUAUUUUUGAAGGAAAAUCUUUGGCCGGUAUUCUACCAGCUAUAGACAUUCUCAGCGAGCAUGCUCUCAUUGCUGGGAUCUUCUAUUUCAUCGGCUUUGGAUUGUUCACUGUUGAAUCACUGCUCAGUGUCUGGGUUAUACAGCAAGUGUACACGUACUUCCGAGGAAGCGGGAAAGCUACAGAAAUGAGGCGCGAGGCGACACAAGGUGUUAUGAGAGCUGCAAUUUCAUCAAACAUUUGAAAUGCUGGUCGACAGACCUGUCAAUUGCCAAAAAAAAUGAACUAAAAUUACCACAAAUUAAUAUUUAUUUAUUUAUUCAUUCAUUCAUUCAAUAUAUUAUGAGGUGUUCUUGUAGUUUUUACAGUUGAGGAUCCACCAUUUAUUCGUGUUCAAAGAAUGAAGUCGUAUGAUAUUUAAUUCGUUAAGUUCUUUUA